CUGGUUUGAGCUGCAGUGUCUUCUAGCAGCGGUUGGGUAAAGGGAAUGCAGCUGUCCGCUGUCCGGGAAGCAUAACCAUAUAUACCCAUACAGACAGCACACGGCCCUUUGAGCUGGACUAGACCUGCCUCCUUCUACUGCCGGAGAAACCCGACACACACACAUCCCGAUCACCGUGGAGCAAAGACGAGAGGUAAAGAGCGGAGCCGCGAGCAUGGCUGUCGAAGAGGAAGGGCUACGGGUUUUCCAAAGCGUCAAAAUAAAAAUAGGUGAGGCGAAGAACAUUCCUCCGUACCCAGGUCCCAACAGGAUGAGAGACUGUUACUGUACUGUCAACCUGGAUCAGGAGGAGGUCUUCAGAACCAAGAUCAUCGAGAAGUCUCUGUGCCCCUUCUAUGGAGAGGACUUUUAUUGUGAAAUCCCCCGUAGUUUCCGCCAUCUGUCCUUCUACAUCUUCGACAGAGACGUGUUCAGGAGGGACUCCAGCAUCGGUAAGGUAGCAGUGAAGAAAGAAGACCUCCAGAGGUAUCAUGGUAAAGACACCUGGUUCCCUCUGAGACACGUCAGCGCAGACUCAGAGGUUCAGGGAAAGGUCCACAUAGAGCUGCGUCUCAGUGAGGUCAUCACAGACAGCGGAGUCGUCUGUCAUAAACUGGCCACACGUGUGUUGGAGUGCCAGGGCCUGCCCAUCGUGAAUGGACAGUGUGAUCCGUACGCUGCGGUAUCCCUGCUGGGACCAUCCAGAUCAGAAGCUAAAAAGACCAAGGUGAAAAGGAAAACCAACAACCCCCAGUUUGAUGAGACUUUCUACUUUGAGGUGACACGACCUCUUAGUCACACCAAGAGACAGUUUGAUGUGGAGGAGGAGGGUGUUGACAAGCUGGCUCUGAGGGUUGACCUGUGGAAUGCCAGUAACUUGAAGUUUGGGGAUGAGUUCCUGGGAGGGGUCAGAGUUCCUCUGAGGGCCCUGGGACAGGCUGGGGUCCACGACGCAUGGUACUUUUUGCAGCCCAGGGAUAAUGGAGGGAAGCCGGUGAAAGUGGAUGAGUUGGGUUCUCUUCGUUUAAACAUUGUUUACACUGAGGACCAUGUGUUCCCCUCUGACCACUACGGCCCUCUGAGAGACCUGAUGUUGACCUCGGCUAACGUAAAGCCGGUGUCGGCAUCAGCCGCUCAUAUCCUCGGGGAGGUCUGCCGGGAGAAACAGGAAGCAGCGAUCCCAUUGGUCCGUCUGUUCCUUCACUAUGGAAACAUCCUGCCUUUCCUCAGUGCCGUCGCCCACGCAGAGGUCAACCGCACACAGGACCCUAAUACCAUCUUCAGAGGGAACUCCCUAACGUCUAAGUGUAUCGAUGAGACCAUGAAGCUGGCUGGGAACCACUACCUCCAGGUCACCUUGAGGUCCAUGAUAGAUGAAAUCUGUACUGACCACAAGCCCUGUGAGAUCGACCCAGUGAAGCUCAAAGAGUCAGAAAAUCUAGAGACCAACAGGGAGAACCUGCGUCAGUAUGUAGACCGGAUCUUCAACAUGAUCACAACGUCAGGCGUGCGUUGUCCCACCGUCAUGUGUGAUAUUUUCUUCUCACUCAGAGAAUCUGCUGCUACACGUUUCGAAGUCGACCAGGAUGUGAGGUACACAGCGGUCAGUAGUUUCAUCUUCCUGCGAUUCUUCGCCCCGGCCAUCCUCUCUCCCAACCUGUUCCAGCUGCGACCGCAUCACCCAGACCCCGCCACGUCUCGGACCCUCACCCUCAUCUCUAAGACCAUCCAGACCCUGGGUAGCCUGGCCAAGUCCAAAUCAGCUAGUUUUAAAGAGACUUACAUGGCGGCCUUCUACGAUUACUUCAACGAGCAGAAGUAUGGCGACGCUGUGAAGAACUUCCUGGACCUAAUCUCGUCGUCAGGGAGAUGGAACCAGAAGAGUAUCGAGACUCCCAUCAUGCUGAAAGAGGGGUUCAUGAUCAAGCGAGCCCAGGGGAGGAACCGUUUUGGGAUGAAGAACUUCAAGAAGAGGUGGUUUCGCCUCACUAACCAUGAGUUUACCUACCACAAAACCAAAGGUGAGGGCGCUCUCUGCAGAAUCCCCAUAGAGAACAUCCUGGCUGUAGAGAGACUGGAGGAAGAGUCAUUCAAGAUGAAGAACAUGUCCCCCUGGAUGUUCCAGAUGUUCCAGGUAAUCCAGCCAGAGAGGGCUCUCUACAUCCAGGCCAAUAACUGUGUGGAGGCCAGGGACUGGAUAGACAUCCUGACCAAGGUCAGCCAGUGCAACAGGAAGAGACUGAGCACCUACCACCCCUCAGCUUACCUCAACGGUCACUGGCUCUGCUGCAAGAUGUCUGCCGACACAGAACCAGGCUGUACACCCUGUACUGGGGGCCUCCCAGCCAACAUUCAGCUGGAUGUGGACGGAGACAGAGAGGCUGAGAGAAUCUACUGCCUGUUCAGCACGUACAUGGACAAACUGGUCAACAUGCAAGAGGCCUGUGGCAGUAGAUCGGUAUAUGACGGCCCAGAGCAGGAGGAGUAUUCCUGCUUCCUCAUCGACGAUCCCCGGGAGACCUAUAAGACCCUGAGAGUCAUCAUCUCCUCUGUUCAGACACUGGAGCAGCAGCACACCAAGUACAAACGAGACAUGUUCAGGAAGACCAAGAUCGGCAGCCAGGAUCAUCCAAUCGGAGACAAGAGUUUUCAGUGUUACAUCCACCAACAGUCUGAGAGCUCCACCUACUCCAUCUAGCCCCGCCCACCAACCACUGCCAUGAAGCGCAGAGCUCCGUCCCCGAUGACCUGAGACCUAGCAACACUUCCUGGUUACCUCCUGGUCCACGGCUUCCCAUGGUGCAUCUUUCAGAACACGGACACUCAGAGCCGAGGUCUAAUGGGGUAGAAUAGUCUAUGAUGAUGUGCUACAACACAAAGCUCUGGACUGUUGGUGUACCAGUGACCACGCACUUUACCCCGCCCCACAACGGACAUAAAGCUACUGCCUCAGCACCUUCUGAAACAAUCUGAUUUCGUUGUUCAUGUUUCUGUAAUGUUUGAUAACCAAAUGGUUUAAGUGGUAUAUUCCUGGUGUGAAAACAACCGAUUCCUUUGUAUUUCAAGUCACACAGACCAAACUCUAGGUUGAAAGACUGUUCACUUGGGGUCACGCCCGACUAUGUAUGUGUUUAACCCCCCCCCCACCCCCCCGCACUCCUUCCAGGGAAAGAUGAUGACAGAGGGAGGAGACGGGCAGGUCAUCAGUCAGCGACAGCGACCAUGAGGACCCUAGCUGUUCAUCUGACUGAUUAGUGCAGCCUUCAUUUACAAUCUGGAUCGUCCUGUUUUAAUUGUUUAAGAGUUGUAGUGUUUUAAUUCCGAGCCUGGUUCUGCAUUUUGGUAGUUCUCUGCUGCCUCCUGGCCUGUACCCUGUCCCUGGGUCAGAACUCUACUGCCUCCUGGCCUGUACCCUGUCCCUGGGUCAGAACUCUACUGCCUCCUGGUCUGUACCCUGUCCCUGGGUAAGAACUCUGCUGCCUCCUGGUCUGUAUCCUGUCCCUGGGUCAGAACUCUGCUCCCUCCUGGCCUGUACCCUGUCCCUGGGUCAGAACUCUACUGCCUCCUGGCCUGUACCCUGUCCCUGG